GCUCGAUCGCCCGGGCCUUUCCUCUGCCUGCUCAAUGGGGUUAAGUGUUCACGAGUCUCCAAUAAAAAAUCCCUCCAGUCUCCACACACAUAUUAUAUACACACACAAACAUACACACAUAUGCUUUGAAUCUGGAUAAAUUGACUCCCUUUUCUCUCCCCCCUUUUCUCUCCUCAUUUUUCUCUCGACCGCCCAUGGUCAUGGCGCAAAAUACCUUGGCUGAGUCAAACGGGACCAGGACACCGUUACAACAGGUUCUUCAUGUUUGGAAUCGCAUUCAAGUCAACAGCCCUAUUUACAACUUUCUGCUUAGUGAUGUGGAUAUAUAUUCCGCCGAAGAAGGCUCCUUCUCUGCGAGGCUUCAGGUUAGCGCUAAGCAUCUGAACUCCAAAGGCGGCUUACAUGGUGUAUUUUCUGCUUGCGUCACGGAUUGGGCGGGUGGUUUGGCAAUCGCUUCAUGUGGACUGGAAUCUACCGGAGUGAGCACCAACAUCAAUAUCAAUUAUCUUUCUUCCGCAGGUGCAGGGGACUGGUUGGACAUCAGAGGCCAUGCCAAUAAAGUUGGCAGGUCUCUUGCCUUUACUACCAUAACUAUCUCAAAAAGCACAAGCCCCGGCAGUACCACCCUAGUGGCUCAGGGUUCCCAUACAAAAUACAUCAAAGCAUGAUAGCCAAUUUGAAUCAAGAGUCUCGGCUCACACCCACAUGGAUUCGGCCACACCGCCAUCUUUGCAUCUGGCAUAGUCCACAUAUGCUUUGAGUGCCUGGAUUCUCUGACUCGGGAGAUAGCGGAUAUCUAUCUCCACCUGUUUACUGGGAACUUCCAGCUUUAUUUCGUUGGGGGGGUUCACUGUCAAUAGCAGGUACAUGUUCAGUCUUGCAUUUACUAGGUGUAGUGAUAAAAACUGAGAACAUAAGCAAUGAUAUAUUCGAAAAUUCAACCGUGACAUUACAAGUCUGAGAUUUGGAAUGACGAGCGAACUAGUAUACUUAGAAUCGGCAAAGAGUAACUGAAUGAGUGUAGCUCUAUAUAUUAAACAUCAUUAGGAUGUAACUCCCUAUAGUGGAGGUACACCGGCC